UGGGCCUCCCACCGAUCCACCAUGAUCGAGAAGUUUCCCGAAGGAUGGCAACCACCGCGGAAACUCUCCCGCGACGCUAUGGACGGCUUGCGUUCAUUACACGCUCAUGACCCCGAGACGUUUUCCACCCCGUUCCUCUCGGCGAAGUUCAAGAUCAGCCCGGAGGCGGUGAGAAGGAUAUUGAAGAGCAAAUGGGUGCCGACGAAGGAGAAG